AUGUCUAACAAUACUGGCAUAGCUGUUCACAAGCCUAGAGGAUCUUCAGCGACUUUUGAUGGGGUUGCAGCAAACUCUUCUAGGGCCGGGUGCGAUCUGAUGGAAGCUAGGAUAGCUCCUCAAGACGAUAAGUGCUGCUGCUUGUCUGCUCGCUUACGCCAAUUUUUCAGCAACAACUUUGUCGUUUGGAGCAAAGAAUGGAUUACAUGUGACGGUGCUCACACAUCUCCAAAAGGUCUUCAUACAACCAAACACAAUAAUGCCGGCGGAACAGCUUGUGUCAAUGACAACAGCAAUUUUGUGCAUUUUACUUACCCUGACGAAAACUGUGCUGUGAAUCAAGACUCAAUUGCAGUUAGGCAAGAGAAAGAUACGCCAACGCAGCGGCAACAACCCGGUUCAAUCAAAAUGUUCGAAUCCUCUAGUAAUCUGGACAUAAGCGGCGGAAGCUUUGUCUCUGUUGCAAGAGACUAUAUCCACCACGAGCAUAAAAAUACGGUCAUUGUUAUGUCAUCCUCCACUCCUCUGGUUCCAAAGUCAAAAUCAAAGUCUUCUGCGCGCGUUGCUCGCAAAAAGAGUAGUAUAGGGCCCCAGCCCAUUGAGAGGCCUUUCAUCCGAUCGAAAUGUCACAGCGACUCCGAAGCAAACCUCAAUAGGCUUGAAAAAAGAAUAAAAGAUCUUGAAGUGUCUCUUAAUCGGCUUGACAAUUUGGCUGCAUCAAUCACUUUGACCAUCGUCGAGGAAUCUGAUUGCCAGCCCGAGACGAAAGUUUACUAUUCAACUGACCCUGCCCACCCUUCGCACUGGGGUGACCAUAACGCUAUAAAUUCAGAAGGUUGUUCAUUGCCCUUUCCCAUUCUCUCCUAUGCUCUCCCAGAUGACGAGUUUGUCUCUUUCGAGCAAUCCCUCUCGAACUCGCGAGAACAUGAAGAAACCUCUCCUCCAUUCUUUGAUCAGCAUGGCCACCCUGUAGUUUGCCAGGCAUCGCGAAAUAUUUGGAACGCAUGGCACGCAUAUUGGGCUGCUGUACAUGCGUCGUGGACGGCAUGGACAAUGUCACGGACGCCUUGCCAUUGGACUCCGCCUACGCUUGGUACAUGGACACCAAUGUGGUGA